AUGGUGCCGCAGCCGCCAGCGGUCCCGCGCAAGCCCCACUGGUGCUGCGGGCAGUGCGGUCGCGCGGAGAACUGGGCGUGCCGCAUCCAAUGCCUCUGCGGUCGCGAUGCGCCUGCCGCCAUUGUCUCCCCUGCGCGCCAGAAGCACAUGGAGACAGGCGACGGCAGUGGCAGCGGCGGCAAGAAGGGGGCUCCCAAGAGGCAGGCGGGUGCUCCCAGUGGUCUGCCGAAGGAGCUUGCCGGGUGGAUGCAGACCAUCGAGAAGCGCCUGGCGCCGCCCGCUGCCGUGUGGCCCAAGCCUGGAGGCACGGCGCCGUGGCACGAGUCUGCUACAGGCAACAGUGCCGAUCCUGACAAGAAGUCGAAGAGUGCCAAGCUUGCCGAGCGGAUCACGGAGCUUAAGGAGGCCCUCAAGAAGCUCCCGCCCGCUGACGAGCGCAACACAGAUUUACGGAGUCCGAUCGAGAAGCAGUUGGAGACAUUGCGUGCGAAGAAGCGGGACCUGCAGCGUGCGCGGAACGGCCUCGAGAAGUUGGAGAACGAGUUGGCCGAAAUGGAGAGUCAGUUGGCUGAGCUAUCCAAAGGCAUCGAGCUGCGCAAGCAGACCGUCGAAGCCGAGAGGUUGGAAGUUGCGGCGCUCGACGCGGCCUUCGCCGAGACGGCCAAGGGUGUCACCGCCAGCGCUGUCGACAUCGACCCCGUCGAGGACGACGUGGCCGACCAGCCUGAGCUCGUUGCCAUCCUCAAGCCGGAGGCCUGGACCAAGCUCAAGGCCGCGGUCGCCAGCAAGGGCAGCAUCGACGAUUUCAUGCAGGCGUUCGACGCCACGUGGUCCGAGGUGGAGCUCAAGCGCGCGCGGCGGCCCUACAGUGCGAGCGGUGGCAAGGCGUCCGUCAAGAAGCGCCUUGGCAGCACCGCGGACAGCACCGUGCUUCUGCAGGAGUUCGUGCACAUCAGCGAGCACGUCGAAGCCCUGAGCUCCUGGCGUGGCGGUCGAGGCUGGAGGCUCUUGGCGCUUCCGAUCCUGCCCACGGUGGGCUCGGUGCCGUCUGCAGGCGUUGCCAUCGCUGUGCGCGACUGCCUGGGCGCGCGGCCCCCAGUCCCCGGGCGGCACGAGGUCUGGCCAAAUCGAGUUCAGCACGUUAUGAUAGAUGUGCUUGAUCUGCCCACCAGCCUCCACGUCUUCAAUCUCUACCUGUUCACGGGUGAGGGCGCUGGCGGGCGGAACGGCAGUUUACUGCGGGAGUUGGGCCUGGCUGCCGAGGCUUGGGGCGGCCCCGUGAUCAUUGGCGGCGACUGGAACAUGCACCCUGGAUGUAAUUAUGCUAGUGCCGCCAUUGAUGUCAAGUGGGCUAAGCGCGGCCAUCGACCAGCCCACGCGCUCCUCAAGGGCGAUGCCGAGCACGUCAAGAGGCUGGUCUACACGGCGGCGCCAAAGAUGAGCACCCAGGCUGCGCCUGAGGGCUGGCAGCGGUUGCAGAGUUCUCUCCUCGGCAUCACGGGUCUCAAGAGGCUGGUCAGCCCAUCCGCGCAGGACCUCGCGACGCGCGCCGAGGAGGUCCUCAAUUUCACCACGGCGGUCUCCCACGGGCAGGGCCUGUCCACGCGCCUGAAGCGCCCCGCCCAGCAGGCGCGAGCGCUCGCGCAGGACGAUUUCGACGAGGAGGUCUGCCGCACGUCCCAUGACGACAUCGAGCCCGGCAUCAAGCUCGCGGCCAGUGUCGCGUCCAAGGCCGCGGUCUCGGAGCCCGGCGCAGUUGUCAAUGACAAGCUCGCGAUCGUGGGCACCAGUUCCCCCCUCGCGCAGGGCAUCGUCACCGCGCUUGGUCUGGCCCCCUCAGGCGCCCGUCGCAGCGCUGUGCAUGUCGGAGUUGACGUUAGCGAGGGCAGUCUGCUCGCCGACAGAGGGGCCCCCACCAAGCGCAUGAAGCGCAGGGCGCAUAUGGUGAGGCGCAUGCAGAAGAUCAGGCGCUUCGGGAAGGUCACCACUGGCAUCAAGGCGCAGUCCAUCGGCUGCGUCAUCCGCGCUGGCGCCAUGCCCGAGGCCACCUACGGUAGCGAGGUUGUCGGACUCAGCAACUCGGAGAGGCUUCGGCGCAGGCGUGACGCGGCGCGUGGACAGCUUCCCGUGCGCGGCGGAGUGAGCCCCUCGAGCAAGACGGUUUUGCCGGGCGACGGCGCAGGCGCGUCAGCCAUUGCACCUGCCAUCCAGUGGCGCAGAAUGCGUUGGCAGGCGGAGGUCUGCGAGCAUCCGCUCGCUGUCCGUGCUCGCCUGUUGAGGCUCUGGCGCGAAGCCGAGCCAUGCGAGAUCGCCGACCGCGAGACACUCGCUGGAAAUGAUUGCCUGGCCGCCACCCGACGGUUUCACCAGCCCAUGCCGACCCAGCUGCGCGCGUCAAACCAGGCAGCGGGCAUCCUCAAGUUUGGUCGCGGCCUCGAGGGCCACCAGUUCAUCUCGGCUCGGCACGUCAAGGCUCAUAGGCCCCAGGAGCAGUUCGAGAGUCUGGAGGCGACGCACAUCCCGAGGCGCGCCGCGAACCAUGGCACGUACGUGUCGAUGGCGGACGCCGCGCGCCCGGCGCUGAAACCAGGCCAGACGCACCUGUCCGAGCGCCAGCUCUACAGCAGCGAGGCGGGGGCCCCGCAGUCCACCUACCUUCAGGCGCACCGGCCGACGGGCAGCCAGUACGCUCACAUGGGCCAGCACGUCGCCGCGCAGAAGUACUCGGAGUCGGCCGCCAAGUCCCAGAGACCAGUUCGCAAUACCGAAGACGCCCCGGGUCACCGGUCGUGCUCACAUUGGAGGUCGGAGUACCAGACCAACAUGCACGAGGAUUCCAUCGCCGGAGCGGUGCAACAUCGUCAGUUCGGACCCCCGUACCAGUCGGCGAACCCAGCCACCUGCCUGAGCGCGACUUUCCCGGCCACGACCAACCAGGAGGGCUUCGGGCAUUACGGCUCCGAUCCCACCCACAGGAUGAAUCACGAGGACAGCCGGCUGCCCGUGCUGACCCGCGGUGCCGACACGCACAAGGGGACGACCAAGGGCACGAACCACAUUGCGGGCUAUUCGGGCUUCCUGCCCUCGAACACCGUGAACCCCUUGGUUGCGAGGGUCGAGCAGGGCGGGCAGACCAGGUCAAUCGAGAAGCAUUUGAUGACAGAGAACUACAACAGCAGGCUCGUUGGUUACGGUGGUUACAAGCCCACGACCGCCAAGAACGACAAAGGGGGGGUGAAGGUAGGGGGGCUUACUUCGAACGGCGCCACCUUCAAGGAGAGCUUCUGGAAGCGGUCUGAGCAACCCGGCAUGCGCGCGCGCACUUGAGUGGUGGCAUGUUCCGACCACAGUGGAAGAAUUCACAAGAUUUCGGCUACCAAGUUGCAGAAUUCGUCAAUCAGGUAUGGUAGGACGAGAUGUCAGGGGG